CUCAACGUUGCUGCUUUGGUUGCGUAUCGUUUUGUUGGGAUUUUUUUUGUUUGGGCCGCUUUAGAUUUUUAUCGGCGUACGUUGACGGUCUGUUUUGGUCUGAGUUGUGUUAUCGUUGUGAUUGGUUGUGAUUAUAGAAAACAGAGGAAUGAAUUAAUUUUUACUGACCAUUUAUCCACUUGAUUGAUUGGCAAUGGAUUCAGGAGGAGGAUCAUCAUAUCCAGCCGCUGUUAUGCCUGACCUUCAGGCAAAGAGAGUAGAGGAGUAUGGAAGUCUAAGCAAAUUGAAAAGCAUUCAAGACAAGAAACAACAAAUUUUGUUGUUUUCUUUACCCAAAAAACUACAGAAACUAGCAGUUUAUUCAAAAUGCCAGGAUUUAAGUUGCCCCUGCUUAGGAUGGAAGAGGAUAGAGAAGUCUGACAUGCCUACAACCUUUGAAGAGCCCUGUAAAUGUGGUCAUACUUUAGAAAUUCAUGUUUUUCACCUAAUUGCUAAAUGUGCUGACACUAUUAACUGGCUAUUGAGCAUGGCGGUGGACGUUGAUACCAUGUAUGCAGCUAUAUGCAGCGAAGAGAAUCUUGAUGCAAAAAAAGUUUACUUAUAUAUUUUUGAGCUGUUAAAAAAUUGUGUUCUGACACUAAAAAAACCUGUAGCAGACGGUAUUCUUGGACAGCCGCCAUUUGAAGAGCCCAAUAUACAAACGGCACUAUCAAACCUAUUGCUCUAUAAAUACUCACAUACUGCUGAGGAAUUUAAAACCAUGGACGAAUUUGUUGAUAUAAUAUUUCGACAUUUAAACAUUUGUGACUUACCAAGUCCAUGUAAUCACCAAUUUAUUACAAAUUUUGAGGAUGUUGUUCUUUAUAGAAUUGAAUAUGAUAGGUGGUUGGCGUUUUGUUAUAUACCUACAUUUUGUGAAUCUUUACCCCAUUAUGAAACAUUGCAAAUAUUUGGCAGAACUUUACUAAGAGCGGUAUUCAAAUACAUUAAAAAACAAAUAAUGGAUCAAGUUUAUUUAGAGCGAGACAAAAUGAGUCCAGAGAGGAGAACAAAGCUUUUGAAUAUUUUUCCUCAAUUUUUGAAUCAGCUGGAAGAAGAAGUUUAUUCCCCAAAUUCCCCGAUUUGGGACGUAAAUUUUCAGCCACAACCUUUGACUUUUUCUGUAGACGAUUUAAAAACCAAUAUUACUUUUUGUUCACCUAAAAGUGAAGAUUUCGAAAAUCUUUCUGCUGCAGAUGUAGAUAAGGAUGAUGGUUUUACAAUUGUAACAGUUUCUUCAGGCAAAGCUGUAAGACACUUAGACACGCCACCCAGAGAAGCAAAAAGGCAUAAAGGUGCACAAGAAGAAAUAUAUGAAGAUUUACCAUCAGAUAUAGUCAACCAAAUACUUAAUAAUAUAGAUGAUCCCAAUUAUAAACUAGGACCUGAUUUGUUUUUCUUCGAUAACACUCCAACGACAGACCAGAGUCCUAAAUCAGAAGAACAAGAAGGCAUUAUCGAGUUACAUUUAAUUGGUAACAGCCUCACCCAACCGAUAUCCAAACAAGUAAAGUUAUGGUUAAUUGGAUUAAGAAAUGUGUUCUCACGUGAGUUGCCUGGUAUUCCUAUAGAAUAUAUCACUUUGUUGCUGUUUGAUCCUAAACAUCGAACUAUAGCUCUGAUAAAGAACAACAAACCAGUAGGUGGAAUAUGUUUUCGUCCUUUUUUUACUCAAGGAUUUACAGAGAUUGCUUUCUGUGCUCUUACUUUGCUGGAACAAACCAAAGGUUAUGGUAUUCACCUAAUGAACCAUUUAAAGGAUUAUCAUAUUUCAAAAGGGAUUUAUCACUGCUUAACGUACGCAGACAAAAGUGCUAUAGGGUAUUUUGAGAGACACGGAUUUUCCGAAAACAUCAAAUUGAGUAGAACAGUCUAUGAAGGUUAUAUUAAAUAUUAUAAACGUGCAACAUUAUUGCACUGUGAACUAAAUCCGAGAAUUAUUUAUACGCAGGCCUCGAGCGUUAUAAAAAGACAAAAGAAAUUUAUUAAGCACCUUAUUUAUCAAAUGAAAAAACCAGUAUCAAAUAUUCAGCCAGGACUAACAUUUUAUAAAGGAGAACGAACUAUUUCAGUUGAAUCAAUUCCGGGAUUAGAGGAGAUUGGAUACACACCUGAGAACAGAAUAAUCAGAGCUCAAAAUUUUGAAGAACAUCAAGAUAUGGAUACAUUAACUAGUUUACUUAAGACUGUAUUAAAUGCCGUGAAGAGCCAUGAAUCAUCUUGGCCUUUUAGAUUACCAGUUAAUAUAGCGGAUGCUCCAGAUUACUUUGAUCACAUAAAAUAUCCAAUGGAUUUAAAAACAAUGACAGAAAGAUUGAAGUCGAGAUAUUAUAUAUCAAGACGAUUAUUCAUAGCGGAUAUGAUGCGAAUUUUCACAAAUUGUAAGAUAUACAACUCUCGUGAAACAUCCUAUUAUCAGUAUGCAGUUAGGUGUCAGCAAUUUUUUCAAACGAAGAUGAAGGACAUUGGAUUGUGGAAUAAGUGAAUUAAGAAGGAUCAUAAUUGUUAAAACGCAAUAUGAGAACAGGAAAAAUAAAGGGCUUUACGACGUUACAGGAUAACAGACGAUAAAAAUUAGUGAUGGGAACACCAGUUCCACAUUAGUCGCGUUGCCAUAGCGACCGUUCCAGAGAAAUACCGCGAUUUUGUAACCGAGGCUCCGGCUUCAAAAGUGUCGCUGUUCCCGCCUAUGCGGUAUUUCUGUACCUACUACUAUUAAAUAACUACUACGAGCCCUAACAACUAAAUGUUCGGACAAAGAAAAAUUUAUUAAAAUCCUUUAUUUUCAUUAACUGAAUUAUUUACAUUUAAGAAAUACAUU